GCAAAGAUCCACUAUCAGAUCCGUGGGAGUGGCAUCCCGGUGCUGCUGCUGGCGCCGGGCGGCAUGCGCUCCUCCAUCGCCAUGUGGUCCAACAUGCCUUGGAAUCCUUGGUCGCAGCUGGCGCCGGAGCGCUUCAAGGUCAUCGGCAUGGACCAGCGCUCGGCGCAGGUGGCGGGCGGCCGCUCGAGUGCGAGCUUCGCGGCAGGUGAUGGCUGGCACACCUUCAUGGAGGACCAGGUGGCGUUGCUGGAUUACUUGGGCAUUCGGAGUUCCUUGCUGCUAGGCUCGUGCAUCGGGCCCUCCUUUCAGCUGCAGCUGCUUCAUGCAUAUCCGGAACGCUUCACCGGCGCCGUGUUGCUGCAGCCGAUCGGCAAAAGCGUGCACACCACCGAGCCGUCAGCGUGGACGGGGAUCAAUGAAGAAGCCACCAUGCAUUGGUUUGGCGCCUGGGCUGAUCAGAUGGAAGACGAGGGUCUGGCGAAGCCUGAAGAGCUCCGUGAGCUCUAUGAGGCCAUGUUUGAAGGGCGUGAUUUCGUCUUCACCGUGACGCGAGAGCAGCUUUCAAGCAUCCAGACACCUAUGCUGGUCUUCAUGGGUUUGGACUUGUACCAUCCCUCUGAGACCUCUCGGGAGAUCGCGCGCCUGGCGCCCCAUGCCCAGCUGGUGGAGCAGUGGAAACAGAGCCCCGAGGCGCUCUCGGAGGCAGUGCGGAAGAUUGAACAGUUCUUGCUGGAACACGGCCGACCUUUGAAAGCCGAACAUUCAGAUCUUUGA